GUAACGCGUUGGCUGGCUGCUGGUUUGAGCCGCCUGCCGCCGCGGUGCGCUAGCCUCCUGCAGCCCGCCGCAGCACGGGCGCGCGGCCGCUCCAGCCCGCCUUCGCCUCCGCUGCCUUUAGCCUCGCUUUCAUAUCCUUCCCACGCCUCCGCUGCCUGUGUUCUGGGUCUUCGGCCGUCCUCGCCGCCUAGAGGAGUUCCUGCGUCAGUGAAGAAGCCGCUCUCCGGCUGGCCCCGCCGCGGACGCUGCGACCCCAGGCCAGUCUCUCCCUCUGCACAGUUCUCGUCUGCAGAGAAGCGGCUCUUCGCCGGCCUGAAAGCCGGGCUCCGACCGCGAAAGCCGGGUCGACGCCGGCAGCAGUGAGUUCCCGGCGCCCGGGCUUGGGAAACGGGGCGGCCACGCCCCGCGAUCACAGCCGGGCGGCCUCUCCGGCGCGGAUUGCUCCUGCCUGCGCCACCCACCCUCGCUCCUCGCCAGUUCUCUGCUCUGCGACAUCCUGCUUGCAGGUGGAGGACCCAGCCUGCUGACCCCGACCAGAGUCGCAAGAUGGCGAUGGCCGAGUGACUGGUUGAGCAUCCCCGAUGCUUCGCUCCGAGAACGGGGAAGGACUGACUUAAGGGGGCAGCGAAAGAAUGAGAGCGGGGCGCUCGUGUCCUCUGUCAAUCGUGAUUGCGUGAAGCUUGCCUCCCUUGGGCAUAUUGGGUCGGGGGAGGGGAGUGUCCGCUGUUGUCCUAAGUCCUAGAGCACCCGGAGCCACAGUCUAAUCCGUAUUUGUAGAAUUGGGACCCUUUAUAGUUGGUUGGGACAAUGGCGAUGACACUGUUGGAAGACUGGUGUAGAGGGAUGGAUGUGAACUCCCAGAGAGCCCUGCUGGUCUGGGGGAUCCCAGUGAACUGUGAUGAGGCUGAAAUCGAAGAGACUCUCCAGGCUGCGAUGCCCCAGGUACCCUAUCGAGUGCUUGGGAGAAUGUUCUGGAGGGAAGAGAAUGCCAAAGCAGCCUUGUUAGAGCUCACUGGCGCUGUGGAUUACGCCGCGAUCCCCAGGGAGAUGCCAGGUAAAGGAGGGGUCUGGAAAGUAAUCUUUAAGCCCCCGACGUCAGAUGCUGAAUUUUUAGAAAGGUUGCAUCUCUUCCUAGCGAGAGAGGGGUGGACCGUGCAAGAUGUUGCCCGUGUCCUUGGGCUUCAGAACCCCACUCCGGCCCCAGGCCCAGAUAUGCCAACAGAAAUGCUAAACUAUAUUUUGGAUAAUGUUAUUCAGCCUCUUGUUGAGUCUAUAUGGUAUAAGAAGCUGACGCUGUUCUCCGGGAGGGACAUCCCGGGGCCUGGGGAGGAGACCUUUGAUCCCUGGCUGGAGCACACUAAUGAGGUCAUAGAGGAGUGGCAGGUGUCUGAUGUAGAAAAGAGGCGGCGGUUGAUGGAGAGUCUUAGAGGCCCUGCUGCUGAUGUCAUCCGCAUCCUAAAGACCAACAACCCUGCGAUUACUACCGCCGAAUGCCUGAAGGCGCUUGAGCAGGUGUUUGGGAGUGUCGAGAGCUCUAGGGAUGCUCAGGUCAGAUUUCUGAACACUUACCAGAACCCGGGAGAAAAGUUAUCUGCUUAUGUCAUUCGUCUGGAGCCUCUGCUGCAGAAGGUGGUGGAGAAGGGGGCCAUAGAUAAAGAUAACGUGAACCAGGCCCGCCUGGAGCAGGUUAUUGCCGGGGCCAACCACAGCGGGGCCAUCCGAAGGCAGCUGUGGCUGACAGGGGCUGCGGAAGGGCCGGCGCCUAACCUCUUCCAGUUGCUGGUGCAGAUCCGUGAGGAAGAGGCCAAGGAAGAAGAGGAGGAGGCUGAGGCCGCCCUCCUGCAGUUAGGCCUGGAGGGGCACUUCUGAGUUCCAGAAAAAGGGGCUUUGGUGCAGACCUAGAUCACAGCUGCUUUCGCUCUCUGUGCUGUCCUACAGGCAUGUCUCCUAGUAGUGAAGACUUAGUUGUGUUUUUUCUGGGGGGAAGUAGGGCCUGAGUAUUCAUAUAACAGUAAAACCAUGCAUCGAGCACCAGUGAUGCUGCGGUACAAGUGAGUCGUGCUAGCUAGCUACAAUGCCCGAGAAAGGCUUGGACAAGAGUGCUCAGUGAAGCUGUCAUCAUCAGUUGUGAAAAACGUGAACUUGUGACACUUCCCAUAGAGGUAAUUAAGUAUGAAAUUGCAUGUUCAGAUGUUUAGCGCAGGGCCUGGCUGACACAAGUUCAGUAAAAAUGUGAACUGUUAUUACGACAAUCGUGAAUAGUUUUUAUUUACUAUAAAUUGCUCCUGAUUUAUAUUAAUGGAAAGAAACGUGAAUUGAUUAGAUAUUAUUCGACUUUACAGUGUAAAUUUAUUUUUCAUCUUUAAACAUCUGGAUCAGUUUAAUUGAAAAGUAUUGAGUCUACAAAAUGGGGUGUUAGAAAAACACUGCACUUACAGAGCUGUGUAAGUCAGUUUUCCACUGUACAAGAUACGGAUAUAAAUUGCAUGGGGAAGUUAAUAUGAACCAGUUACAGUAUCUAUUCCCCCAUUUCAAAUCUUUGAUGAGUAGUUUACCUUGUUCGUGCUGAUUCUAAGUGUUCUAAAUUCGAAGUUAUCAAAUACAUGUAUAUAAAUAAAAAUGUUUUAAAAGUUC